AUGGGCCGGCCUAUGGUCGACAUUUGUGAUGGACUUGAUUGGGCCAGAAACAAACUGCCGCAUGUCACACUCCCAAAUGAGACAAUCCAGAUUGAUGGUGAGAGAGUCGUCGUCGUCGGAUGGUCGUCCUGUGGACAAUUGGCAAUGUCAUUGGCAUGGACUGCUCCAGAAAGAGGGUUGAGGCCACCAGAGGCAAUCUUGGCAUUUUACUGCCCGACAAACUAUGAAGAUGAGUGGUGGAGAAAUCCCAUCCAGCCCAUCGGCGCAGAAGAUCAGGGAGAUAAAUACGAUCCGCUCGAAGCAAUCUAA